UGUUAUAACUUCUGCAGGGGAAAUAACGUCAAAACAUGACAAAAUAAAUAGGUAUGUCAGCAACUCGUGAUACGCAUAUUUGUGACGUAAGCAUUUCUCCAACUGGCUGAGCGGUGUAGUUGUGGUGGAGUCUUCGGCGGCGGCGGCAAUUGCGGCAGUGACGGCGGUGGACCAAUGAGAACCGGAGAAAUGCUUACGUCACAGUACAAGGCUGGGUGGUGAGUGGGUGCGCAAUUUGUUUCUAAACCGGUAAUAUUGCUGACAUACCUAUUUAUUUUGUCAUGCGUCAAAAAUCAUGCCAGCGGACCGGGAAUCGAACCCGAGUCUCUCGCUUACAUGUUAUGAUGAUACCACUCUCUUUCAACGUGCGUGUGUGUGUGUGCGUACGUCGAGAAAUAGGACGCCAUAUAUAGUUUUUGUAACGACUACACAUAGCUGUUCUCAUCUCAGACAUCAGACGACAUACUAUUUCGGAAAGUUUAUUCGAAAAAGUUGUUCUAUUGUAAUUUUAAAGGUCGUAGAAAAUUGGCACAGAAACAACAUUUUUAAAGAAGACGAUGAAUUGUUUAAAAGCAGUUAUUUUAUUAUGGACCUGCGUCAUAGCUUUCCAUGCAUCGGUGACCGCCAUUGUGGUUAAAGAUUACAAUAUAAGUGCAAUAUCAAUUAAUUCUAAUGGAGGUUUAUUUAAAUCUGUUGAUAUAUACUUUAAGCGUAUACGUA